AUGCAGAAAGAAGACAUGGCACCAAAUGACAUGACUUUUGUUGGUAUGCUUAUUGCUUUCUGUCAUGCUGGAAUGAUAAAGGAGGGUCAAGAACUAUUGUCUUCCAUGGAAGGUGGAAGAUUGGAGAAGGCUUUGGAUCUCAUAAGGAAUAUGCCUGUGGAGCCAAAUGCUUACAUAUGGGGUGCAUUGCUUGGUGGUUGCAAGAUUCAUGGGAAUGCACAGGUGGCGGAGGCAGUGGGAAAGUACCUCCUACGUUUAGAACCACAACAUGGUGGACGAUACAUACUUCUUCCAAACAUAUAUGCUGAAGCAAAAAACUGGGAUGAUGCAAGAAUGAUGAAGGAUCUUAUGGAAGCCAAAGGUGCGGCCAAAGUGGCAGGACUAAGCGUGAUAGAGUCGAAGGAUAGUAGAGAUUGUAAGGAAUAUAUAUCAUAA